GGUAGGUCCCUCCACCGCCCCUUAUCUCGCGCAGAGCAACAGUGCAGCUACCCUCGGUUCACUCAAUAUCUUCUUCAUCUUCUACCACGAGCUCACUUCCAUCCCUUGCCCCAGAAGAACAAGAAGCGGCGCACGCACCAGGAGUUAGAAGUCUCGACUCGCUUGCACUUCUUUCUCCGCUCCUGCAGGGAGAUGUCCGACGGCAACGAGUUCGCCGAGCUGCUGUGGGAGAAUGGGCAGGCGGUGGUCCACGGGCGGAGGAAGCACCCGCAGCCCUCCUUCCAGCCGUUCGGCACCGGCAGCAGCGGAGUCCAAGAAAAGCACCCCGGAGGUGCUGGGGACAACAUGAUGGCGUUCACCAAGGCGGCCGGCGUCUUCGGCGGCAUGGGCAUCCAUGACUUGGCUUCCGGCUUACAACACGAGAACGGGGACGAUGACGCCGUCCCCUGGAUCCAUUACCCCAUCAUGGAGGACGACAACAACAACAACGCACCUGCUCUGACAACGGCCGACUAUUCCUCAGAUUUUUUCUCGGAGCUCCAGGAGGCGGCUGCCAACCUUGGCUCUCUACCACCUUCGAAUCACAGCACCAACAACAACAGAGGUACGCCCGUUGCAGGCAGCAGCAGAGCCGCCUCCAAGGAAAUCCAGGGCUUGUCGGCUCUCACCACCCGGACUGCCGAGCCACAGGCAGAGCUUGCUGCUGCCAAACAGCCUCGGCCGAGCGACAGCGUCAUGAACUUCUCGCUCUUCUCUCGACCGGCAGCCCUAGCAAGGGCAACUCUGCAGAGCGCGCACAGGCCGCAAGGCACGGACAAGGUGCCCAAUGCCGCUGCAAACAAUCGCAUGGAGUCCACGGUUAUCCAGACGACGAGCGGGCCAAGGACUGGCCCUGUGUUCGUUGAUCAGAGGGCGGCGUGGCCGCAGCAAAAGGAGGUGCGGUUCGCGCCGGCACCUGCCCUCACGGCCUCGGUCGGUAACCUGCAGCAAGAGAUGGCUCGUGACAAGCUUAGCAAUAAUAGGGUUGUGCACAAGGAUGCUGCAAGAAAGGCACCUGAUGCUACGGUCACAACUUCCUCUGUGUGCUCUGGCAACGGUAUUGUGAACGAUGAACCCUGGCACCAGCAGAAGCGAAAGAUCCAGGCAGAGUGUUCAGCUAGUCAAGAUGAGGAUCUUGACGACGAGUCCGGCGCAUUGCUAAGAUCUACUAACAGAAGCAUGAAGCGGAGCCGCACCGCCGAGGUUCACAAUUUGUCAGAAAGGAGGAGAAGGGACAGGAUCAAUGAAAAGAUGCGUGCUCUGCAAGAGCUCAUUCCCAACUGCAACAAGAUCGACAAGGCCUCAAUGCUGGAUGAAGCUAUAGAGUACCUCAAAACCCUUCAGCUUCAAGUUCAGAUGAUGUCCAUGGGAACUGGGCUGUGUAUUCCUCCUAUGCUAUUACCACCAGCCAUGCAACACUUGCAACUUUCUCAAAUGGCUCAUUUCCCUCAUCUCGGCAUGGGAUUGGGGUACGGGAUGGGUGUCUUUGACAUGAACAACACAGGAACGAUUCCAGUAUCGCCCAUGCCUGGUGCUCAUUUUCCUUACCAAAUGAUCCCAGGUGCAGCCGCACAAGGUCUUGGGAUCCCUGGCGCAAAUGCCAUGCAAAUGUUUGGAAUCCCUGGGCAAGCAAUCCCUUCGUCAGGUUCCAGUAUACCACCAUUUACAUCUUUGGCAGGUCUUCUUGUUAGGCAAAACCUAGCCCCUGAAGUCUCAGGAGCCAUGCCUAGCAUGGUGCAGGAGCAACAGCAAGGCACAGCGAAUCAGCAGCAACAAAGUCUGAACAAGGAAGCUAAACAGUGAGCAGACAGAUGCGGUCCAUAAAGACAGAUCAUUACGCAGGGUUACAACCAGCACUUGUAGGGUACCCAAUCAAUUCUUGCACUGUAUAGGCAAGGGGACGGUUACUACUGGCAGAAAUGAGGCUGAAAAAACCUGAAAAUGGCCUGGCGGUGUAAAAUGAGCUGAACUUGAGGAAGGUCACUGAGUACAAUGGUCUUGUCCCAAUAAAGUAACGGCUUAUCAAUUUCAAGUACCAACUGACAAGUUCUAGAUAUGAAAUUAGCAACUUGUUCCAGGAGAAGUUACCAAGCAUCCUGAUCCAUUAAGCGGUGUAUCAGCCAAGAUGCUCCAAAUUUUGUGUAAAAUGUAGUCAGUAGAUGCUACCAGGUUACAAACUGUAAUUCUUGACAGCCAGUGCAGUUUCCCUUGAGUAGUCUUUUUUUGCUUUAUCUGCAGCUCUCUGGAUCGAUGUAUAUUACUUUUCCUUAGUUAUUAUCAGAUGCAUGCGGAAACUGAUUUCCUUUUGGCAAGUCCUGACUACAGACUGGGAUGGCUUUGUUUC